AGAAGCUGGGAGGAGAGUUGAAUUAAUGAAUUAAAAUGUCCUGAGUCCAGUUGAGUGACUGAAUACUUUUUCAUUUAUAAGGAGAGACAAGUGAAAACUUGAGAGAAGAGGACAAUUCAACUUCUACAUGAACCCGCGAACCAUCACACUUCGAGAUGCAACGGGGGACAUUGCAACUAUUUUAUUACAUAAUAACUCUGUAACGUUCAACCGGAACCGGUACCGACUGACACUUCAGUCUUAGAGAAACCAUUGAUUUGUCUUUGGUAAAUUCGGGAUUAGAUUCGUAGGCUACAGAAACUUGUUGAUUUUAACGGUUGGUAAAAAUGGUUUUAUUGUCAGGCAUAUUAGAAUUAUAAUGGCAAUAUCUCAAACCACAAUCAGGAUGGAAAUCUGUAGACAAUGAAAGUUGGGUGUCUCGUGCUCAUGCGUGUGAGAGAACUGUCAACAAGUGCGCAUUCCUCCAAUCCAUGACGUCGCACUGAGUAAAAAGUCAACAAAUAGGCAAAUUGGUCAUAACAUACAUUUUGUAAAUGUGUUUUGGGGGAUACAAACACUUUUAAAAGUCUCAAAAUUGCAUUCAACAAUUGCAACAAAAGCUCUCUCCCUCACUCUAAUUUCCACUGUCAAGUCCUUUCCCAUUUAUCAAUUCUAUCCCCCUUCACCCCCUACCUCACUCCUCCAUCAUCAACUCCCCCUCCCACCCUCCCUCCCUUCUUCCCCUGAUAAAGCUGCAGCCAUGACGUCGGCCACUCCCCCCUCCUCGCGCGGCUCCUCCCCCCAGAAGGUGUGUCACUCCAUGACACAGACUGAGGUUCUGAAGCCGCUGCUGGGGGCAGGGGGGGCGGAAGGGGUGGGCGCACUCCGACGGAGACGGCGCGUUCUCUCCAAGGACGGGCACAGCAACGUGCACAUCGAGCAUGUGAGCGGGCGUGGGGCGAUGUACCUGCGUGACAUCUGGACAACCUUCCUGGACAUGCAGUGGCGCUACAAGCUCUUCCUGUUCUCGGCCACCUUCGCCGGGACCUGGUUCCUGUUCGGGGUUCUGUGGUACCUGGUGGCGCUGGUGCAUGGAGACCUGCUAGAGUUUGACCCUCCGUCCAACCACACCCCGUGUGUGAUGCAGGUGCAGACUCUGACGGGGGCGUUCCUCUUCUCACUGGAGUCGCAGACCACAAUUGGCUACGGUUUCCGUUGCAUCACAGAGGAAUGUCCCGCCGCCAUCAUCCUCCUCAUCCUCCAGCUGGUCAUCACCAUGGUGCUUGAGAUCUUCAUCACUGGAACCUUCCUCGCCAAGGUGGCGCGGCCCAAGAAGAGAGGAGAGACAGUGAAGUUCAGUCAGUACGCUGUGGUGUCCAAUCACGAGGGCCGACCCUGCCUCAUGAUCCGUGUGGCUAACAUGCGCAAGAGCCUGCUGCUGGGCUGCUCGGUGACGGGGAAGUUGCUCCAGACGUCCCAGACCAAGGAGGGGGAGACGAUGCGUCUGGACCAGAGGAACGUUCCCUUCCAGGUGGACACGUCCAGCGACAGCCCCUUCCUCAUCCUCCCCCUCACCUUCUACCACAUCAUAGACGACAGCAGCCCGCUCAGAGCCUGGGCUGCCAAGGGAGGGGGAUGGACGGAUCCGGAUCUGGCAGACUUUGAGCUGCUGGUGAUCAUGAGUGCCACGGUGGAGCCCACCUCCGCCACCUGCCAGGUGCGCACCUCCUACCUGCCUGAUGAGAUCCUGUGGGGGUAUGAGUUCCCCCCCGUGGUCUCCCUGUCCCCGUCUGGGAAGUAUGUGGCGGACUUCACCUUCUUCGACAAGGUGGACAAAACGAAAACCCCGCCCCUCUUCAAACAGGCCCCCCCCCCAAGCCCGGCCAUGCACUCGUCCCGCAGCAGCAGAGGGGGCGCAGAGGAAGGGGCGGACCCAGAGAAGAUGAAACUAGAGGAGAGCUAUCGAGGGGAGGAGAGGGGGAGGGGCAGGGGGAGGGGCAGGGGGAGGGGGAGAGACAGUAGCCCCCUCAGUGUCCGUAUCAGUAAUGUAUAGAGAGAGAGGAUGGAGGGAGAGAGAGAUAGAGAGAGAGAGAGAGAGAGAGAUAGAGAGAGAGAGAGAGAGAGAGAGAGAGAGAGAGCAUGAAUGAGAUGGAAUGAGAGAGUUACGAGAAAGGAGAAAGGAGAGGAGACUGUAUGGAGAUUGAAAAAUUAUCAAGUGAGAAUAAAAAGUUGAAGGAAUGAGAGAUGAGCUGCUCCUCUGUUGGGAAAUGUGAACACACGCUCCUUUUUUGGACUUUAUGCGUUUGUAUCGCCCCUUGUAAGGAUUCAAAGGAACAAAAUGCACCCCAUUUGUGUCUACUGUCCUGUAAUCAAAGAUGGAACAAGAAAGCUUUUUCAACUUAAUUUGUCUGUAUUUUUUAUAAGAAGACUUUGUGUGACUGGAAAGGUCAAGGUUGACUGGUUUACCAGGACAAAACAUGGUUCACGAGGACAUAAUCAAAGGAACCAUGCAGUGGAGGCUGCUGAGGGGAGGACGGCUCAUAAUAAUGUCUGGAACAGAGUAAAUGGAUUGGCAUCAAACACAUGGAAACCAUUCGAUAACAUUCCACUUAUUCCACUCCAACCAUUAUCACAAGCCCAUCCUCCCCAAUUAAGGUACCACCAUCCUCCUGUGCAUUCAUUGUACUGUUACUGUUUUUAACACAGAAAGGUACUCUGUCUGCAGAACAUGAGAGUGGAAAUACUGGAUCAUUUAAAAAAACAUUUUUUUUUAAGGAUUUUGAUUGAAUAUAUGAUAUCGUAUGUAUACUGUAUGCAUCUGUCCCUAACGAUGCGAUAUCCAGCAGUACUUAUUCAUCUGAGUAUAUGCUUAGCAGGGUUGGGGUCCAUUCCAUUUAAAUUCCGGUAAAUUCAGAAAGUAAACCAAAUUCCAAUUCCAAAUGUUCAUUGUCACUCAUUGAAAAGCACCGAAGAGAAAUGAAAUUGGAAUUGGAAUUUCAGUGUACUUCCUGAAUUGACUAGAAUUGAAAUGUAAUUCAUUCCAACCCUGAUGUUCAGUGUUUCUGUUAUUUUAUUAUUUUUUUUCACUGGAAAAUAUGUAUGUUAACAAUACUAAAAGCACUUUAACUUGAUGGUGUUUGUGUACACAAGCAUAUUUAUAUGUUUCAGUCAAUGUGCGUGCGAGACUGCAUGUAUGUGUGUUUUAACAUAUGCAUGUUCAUAUGCAUGUACUUGUUAUUCCUCCUGUACUUCAAUACCUGAUCACUCCUGUGGUCAUUCUAAAACGUGCCACUAAACUGUGCCUUUUGAUGUGCCAGUGUCUGUGCAGUCGAGCAUCAGAUUUCAAUAUCAUAUGGUGUGGUUAGCUGAUAUGUUAAACACCUAUCCACCCGUUGUGAGAUCUGGCAGGCGUCUGCAAUGAAGUCAGGCAAGAAUGCUACCAUUGCCUGUGAUUGGUUAUAAUGUGUUGGCCAGGCCAGGUCCCAUCUGUAAUACUGCAACCUCAUCACCCUAACAGAUAAUAUACUAUGAAGUGUUGCCCAGACCAGGUCCCAUCUGUAAUACUGGAACAGAUAAUAUACAAUGAAAUGUCUGUUUUUAAUAAAAGUGCAGAUUUACAACA